CCCUUUCAAAAUUAUCAGAUUAUUUGCAGCUGAACCCAGAAAAAAAGAGAGAUUAAAAAAAGGAAAGCAACAAAAACACAAGGCAAAAAAAUUUAUAAAAACUAACCAAAUUGCAUCAAUUUCUCCAUUUCAUUGGCCUUAGAAUCUCUCAGGACAAGAGAAUUACAUCCUUUUAGAGGUUGACUAGCCAUGGCUUCAGCUUCCUCCAGUGCACUAUCAAUCUCUUCCUCAUCUACCCGUGUGGAUGCCAAGGCUCCUCGUCAAACAACUGCCGCAUCCCCACAAUGUGUUACCCUUCCUACUCUUCCUCCCCCACCCGUUCAGUCCCAGAGUCGUCCCUGGAAGACUACUGCUUAUUGUCGCAAGUUUGCUCGAAAUGUGAUGGCUAUGGCCACAGGUGAGGCCCCAGCGGAAGUUGCAACAGCUGAGAUGCCAGAGAUUGUCAAGAAAAUUCAAGAUGCCUGGGAUAAAGUUGAGGACAAGUAUGCUGUGAGUUCACUUGCUGUAGCACUUGUUGUUGCCCUUUGGGGCUCAACUGGAUUGAUCUUGGCAAUUGAUAGGCUUCCUCUAGUUCCUGGCGUUCUGGAGCUCGUGGGUAUUGGCUACAGUGGGUGGUUUGCAUACAAGAACCUUGUUUUCAAGCCAGACAGGGAAGCUCUGGUACAGAAAGUAAGAGACACAUACAAAGAAAUAACUGGAAGCAGCUAGAGGAAACUGGUUAAGAAUGCUGCUGAGAUGAGGUGAAUACUUCAAAUCUGAAGCCAAUACUUGCAGCAUCAACAUGUGACCUUGCUUCAUUUUGUUAGCUUAAGUUCUAACCAGAGUAAACCAAUGUAAUGUGGUUUUGUCAUGGGCAAUUGAGAUACAUGUAUAUUUUUAUUUCCCCAUCUGUAGCAUACUAUCUGAUGCCAAUAAUCACUUUCUUUUGUUAUCUGAAACA